GUCUAAGAUGGCGGACGAGGCCACGCGGCGUGUCGUGUCUGAGAUCCCGGUGCUGAAGACCAACGCCGGACCUCGAGAUCGGGAGUUGUGGGUGCAGAGACUCAAGGAGGAAUAUCAGUCUCUUAUACAGUAUGUGGAGAACAACAAGAAUGCGGACAAUGACUGGUUCCGACUGGAGUCCAACAAAGAAGGGACUCGGUGGUUUGGAAAAUGCUGGUACAUCCAUGACCUCCUCAAAUAUGAGUUUGACAUCGAGUUUGAUAUUCCUAUCACAUAUCCCACUACUGCUCCAGAAAUUGCAGUACCUGAACUAGAUGGAAAAACAGCAAAGAUGUACAGGAGUGGCAAAAUAUGCCUGACUGAUCACUUUAAGCCUUUGUGGGCCAGGAAUGUGCCUAAGUUUGGACUAACUCAUCUCAUGGCUCUGGGGCUGGGACCAUGGCUGGCAGUGGAAAUCCCCGAUCUGAUUCAGAAGGGAGUGAUUCAGCAUAAAGAGAAAUGCAGCCAAUGAAGGAUCAAGCCACUGAGGCAGGACAGAGGGACCUUUGAUAGGCUACUUUCCUGUUUUCCUGUGCAUCAUUCUUCUUACUCAUCUAACUGCUUCCCCCGACACCCUUUCACCCAUAAUUGUUAC